AAUAGUUUCAAUACAUAUUUGAAAAUUUGAACACUAUCAGAUUCACGCAUAUGUACAUUAGAAUGUUCAUGUUUGUGUGUUUCUAUAUAUUUGUCUGAAUCAGUCGUGUGCGAAGCGAUGUUCGCUAUAAGAAUGUCAUGUGGUUUCAAAAAUUGAAUCGACCGCGUAGAGGCUGUUAGUUUAUCUUCGUUUCUCGAAUCGUUGAAAUGCUGAAUAGAGCCUCGCGCGUAGAACCGGUCGCUACAUAAGUGCAUAUAUAUUGCACAGCAUUAUCACUGAUAAUCGGGGAAACGUUCUUUUGUCCAAUGAACAUCAAACAUAAUUCGAAGUAAUCCUUCAGUCAGUGCAUAAGUGACGGUUGAAAGUGAUUAUUGAAUGCGAUGUUUGUGAACAUUAUUUGAGGAGCAUUUCAACUACAUUCGAUUUGGAUCAAAAUUUCGUUUCCAACAGCGAAUUGAUAGUGUAUACAUUUUACAUCUACACGUUUAUUCAAAGUUAUGUUUCACCAUUUGUCCAGACAAAGGAGAAAUCAAAAAGUAAAGAAGACAAAACUAAACCUGUCCCGAGCACUGUUAAGUACGUUCGGCAUCACGCUAGCAAUGAUCAUCAAGAGGAGAGAAGAAUUAAGAUGAAAUGCAGAAAUACCAGCUAAUGUAUUUGGAGGUGUUGUGGAUCGAUUAAACAGUAUCUGUGCUACGAUGAAGAAUCCGGAUCCCGCAGAAAAACCCGCUACUUUCAAGCAAAGUCGGAUCGUACGGGGAACUAGUGUUUUCGGUAAUGGGAUUGUACCUUUAACUUUAACCGCUAGGUCUAAAACGUUAUCGGCUGAAGCACGUUGGCAAAACGAUCCAGAAAUGAUGACCGGUGGAGCUUUUCCUGGAGUAGAUUUCGAAUACAUGAAAGUGGGACCUUCACCUCCGGCAGAAAGUGCUCCCAAUCUAUACGACAGUUAUGAAGAGCCUAGUCCAGACGUUACAUCUUUAUUGUGUGGUGAAACAAUACGCACCUCACUGCUAGAGCAAAUCCGCAAUGCCUCGGGAAGAACUACUUUAUUGGAGGAUGUUGAAAAUUGUGCCACCAAUGGCGGUAAUGUCCGGGAGGUGUAUCAAGGAUCAUCAAAAAUAGAGAAAAAUAUUAGUUUUCUUUGGGCAGCAUAUCUAAAUCGUUUGGAAAUACUCGAAGGACUUAUCGAUAGUGGAGCUGAGGUGAUGUUUUAUGACUGCAAUGGACUGACUGCGCUCCAUUUAAGCUCGUUCAGCAACAGUGUUAGCUGCACCAAUUAUUUGAUAGAGAAAGGCGUUGAAGUCAACGUGCAACCCAAGUGGUUCAGUCCACUGCAUUGUGCAGCACUUGGAAAUUCUAUUGAGACAACAAAAAUAUUGAUUAACAAUGGUUCAAACUUGAAUAUUUAUACAAACAAACCCGACUGUCAAGAAUCAUUACUACACUGUGCGGUGCGUUCAAACUCGUUGGGGUGUGUGCAGUUACUAAUAGCAGAGGGAUUGAGUGUGAAUAUGUUAGAUCAAAAUGGAAGUAGUCCCAUCCAUUUAGCAGCAGAUUUAGGUCACACCCAAUGUUUACAAGCGUUACUCGAAAGCCCGGAAGCCGAUCCUAACAUGAAAGUACAAUUUAAAGAUAAAGAAACUACUGCGUUACAUUUGGCUGCAGAUGAGGGAAAUUUAGAAUGCAUAACUUUGCUUCUAUCAAAGGGGGCUGAUUCUAAGGCGAAAAACCAUCGGGGAUUCACACCCCUACACUUGGCUGCGCGUGCUGCCAGUGUGGAGAGCGUAGAAGCGUUAUUAAGAAUAGGAAAUGCUGAUCCUAAUACAGCGGAUGCAGAUCAUCGCACUCCACUGCAUGCGGCAGUCGGCAAAUCUGAUUUAGCUUUAGACAUACUGGAUAUACUGAUAUCAUGGGGUGCUAAUGUAAAUCACAAGGAUGUGUAUGGAUUUACCGCUUUACAUUUGGCUGCUCUAGACGGAUUAGCACACUGCGUGGAAAUACUUUUAUUUCAUGGGGCAGAUGUAACUACAAAAUCGAAAAAAGGAACUACUGCUUUGAAUGUUAUAACUAGAAAAACGCCGUCAUCUCUGGCAGUAAUCAAUCAUAAGCUCGAUGCCGCAAUAGCACUAACCCAUUCGCACGAUUCUUCCAAUCGGGAAGUUGAAUUGGAGUUAGACUUUCGUAGUAUCCUUCAACAUUGUCAUCCACGCGAGAUCAGUUAUUUGAAUACGUUUGUUGAUGAGGGCCAAAAAGAAAUUUUACAACAUCCCUUGUGCUCAGCAUUUCUAUACAUAAAAUGGGGGAAAAUAAGAAAAUAUUAUAUAGCUCGACUGUUGUUUUGCUUCACAUUCGUGCUCUUUUUAACACUGUAUGUAUUGACAGCAUUGGCACACAAUUGCUACAAUGGAAGUAAAGAUAUGAAAGAAACAAUUCAAGAACAGGAACUAUGUCAGAAACAAUCAAUUUUAGGCGAUAUGCUCCGCAAUAAUCCAUUCGUAAUGGAAAUGCAAUGGAUGGUUUUGGUUGCGAUCACUAUAGUUGAAAUUUGUCGGAAAAUAUACGGAAUCACCGGUUAUACAUCAUUUCGCCACUAUGUCACACAGGCAGAAAACGCUAUUGAAUGGUUUAUUAUUGUAAGCGUUUUUGUUAUUUCAUACAUUUACACGAAACGUACAUACACAUGGCAGAACCACAUUGGUGCAUUCGCUGUGCUACUCGGCUGGACCAAUUUGAUGCUCAUGAUAGGGCAGCUACCUGUAUUUGGGGCGUAUGUCGCGAUGUACCGCAAAGUACAGGUGGAGUUUGCAAAAUUAUUCAUGGCAUACUCAUGUAUGCUGAUUGGCUUCACAAUAAGCUUUUGUGUGAUUUUUCCGUCCUCAUCAUCGUUUGCCAAUCCGUUCAUGGGUUUUAUCACCGUGCUAGUAAUGAUGACUGGUGAACAGGAUUUAGAACUUUUAAUCAACGAUCCCGAUGGCAAGGAUCCGCCCUUUCUACUAGAAAUUAGCGCACAAAUAACAUUUGUACUGUUUCUGUUGUUUGUCACGGUUAUCUUAAUGAAUCUUCUAAUUGGAAUUGCUGUUCAUGACAUACAAGGCUUAAAGAAAACUGCUGGGCUAUCGAAGUUAGUUCGACAAACAAAGCUUAUAUCAUACAUUGAAUCGGCACUAUUCAAUGGAUGGUUACCGAACUGGCUGCGAAGUCUAUUACAUUACACCGCAUUAGUAUCACCACAAGCAUACCGCGUUGUAUUGAGUGUGAAACCAUUGAAUCCGGGAGAAAAACGUCUACCUAGAGAUAUCAUGAUGGCAGCGUAUGAGGUUGCUAAACAACGAAAACAUUUCGGUCAUACCGCAUUGAACAGGAACACUGCGGUUUCAUUUAUUAAUUUGAAAACCAAAUUUGAAGCAAACGAUCGUUCAGCAGAUUCAGAUUGUGGAUUUGAAACUGCGAGUAUAUGUACAUUAACAAACAAAAUCGACGAAAACGCUGAAAAAAUCGAAUUAUUGAAAAAUGAAAUCCGUGACUUGAGAACCAGUCUGCAAAAGAAUCAACAUGUGCUUGAACAAUUACUCUGCAUUUUGACGGAUAAACAACAACAUCAAUCGCGGAAAUGUUUAGCAGAGAAUUGAGAAGAAAAUGUAUGCAACUACAAGACACAUACCAUUUUUGUUGGUAAAUAUGAUCGUAGCUGAACGAACAAUUUGAAGUGUUGUCACGCAAAGGAUAUUUUGAUGCUAUAAAACAAUGCAUAACCUUAUUUUAAGUCGAACAAAAUAAAACGUAGUUAAAUGCUAUGCACAAGAAGGGUGGUCUAGUAUAGAGUAAAAGCAAAGCAUCAACAUAAUGCUAGCCGGUGAUAAAAGAUUGAACUUUUAUGCAAAAUUCAACUGAACCGCGAGCUUGAUCAGAUAGAUAGGACCUAUAAUAACCUAUAAGAACGGUGCUUCUCAAUAAAGACAAUAACACCUUAAGGAGCUCCAUUUGGUACACGGCGGAAUAGAGACUAUACGCAAUAUCUAUAUUGCUUUGCAAUCUAAAUAUACUCUUAUUAACAUUGAGCAUUAGCAAAAAUAAUCUUUUUAAAAUGAUUAGGACUCGAAGCAGGUAUUUGAUUGAUAUGAAUAACUUGAUAUGUUUUGACGAUGAUGAAAGCGUUCAAUGAAUUGGUUGUGAUAAACCUUAGAAAAAAAUUAUAGUCUUUUCCCAGGAGUGCAAAGUAUUAUUAUUGAAUUACAUGUAUGACGUUUUAUGUGAGCCAUGUUACCAUAGAAUAUUAAUAUUAUACAUGUGUUGAAUAAAAAAAUACAAUGAAAAUCGUUUUUGCUUUGAAUUGUUAAAAAAACAAAUUAAUCGCCAGUAUGUGUAUGUCUUUUUUUAGCUGAUGUAGUAACGCCAUACUGAGAAAUCAUAUAAAUUGCGUCCCGCCUCACAUUGACCUCUAACUCAUCAUUUUUCCUUUCGUUCUGUUAUUGUCGAUACAAUUAAUUCAAUGUUUCAGUUUUGUCCAUGUCGUUUCAAUUUUUGAAUUCGAUUGUUUUCGCCUCAUAUUCAACAAUCAUGAUGUUCAUGUUCUCGAGUUUCUUGAACAUUCUUUAUCAAAAAAUAAAACGUGAUAUACUUUUCAAAUAGAUGUUAUUAUUAUCAGCCCAUUCACAGGAUUCUGAUCGAAAAACAAAGACACGCCCGGCGCGUGUGAAAUACUAGAAAGACACCAGUAACUUAAACGAGCUGUUGGUGAGAAACUGGAUCCGAAGAAUAAAUAUCAUGCAAUGCUUGCUUUGGUUUUAUUAUGUUGCCAAAAUGAUUUUUUUUAACAAUCUUUGACUAUGGAAUGUGAGAUAAAAUCAUUGCAUUUUAAGCGUGACCGGAAUAAAUCGCCGCAGUAAGCAACUACAACAAAAACCAGCACUUAGAAAAAAUGUAGCAGGCUAGAAAUAUUGUGGCGCGGAAAAAACAUCAUGUGUAUAAAUGCUCACAUUUCUAUAUUCUCGUUUUCGUUUUUCAAAAUUUAUCUCAGGUCAAAGUAAUGGGGACGAAGUCCUCAUCUAACGAGAAUAAGGAAUCGAGGCGGCCCAAGCCGCCAAGAUGACGCGUUCCUAGUGCACAGCCGACACGCCGUCGGAAGCGACGGUGUCUCGCACGCAAACCUGUGUUCCAUUGAUUGCUCUGUUAGUUUGAAACAUAGGAUACGAUCCUUCAGCACAGUCAUACAUUUUCCCGGGACAUACGUUUGCCCCAAUGAGGUACAUAUAGAGGUGGAGCAGUAGGCGAAGUGUAUCGGUAUUGGCAAGCAAAAUAUCGUGUUGUAAUUAUUUGCAUUCAAUAUGGAAUGUAUAUGGAAGAAACAAAACAAUGUUGAAAGUACUCACGGUUGCAUGAUAAUUUUAGCCAAAAUUCUAAUGAAAUCAUUCAACUGGUUGUUUUUUUACAGAUGACAAUUAUAUUAUGGCUUAUUUCGAUUUUUCAUGUGGUUAAAAGGUCCAGAGAGCAGUCGUAUGCUUAGUUCUCGAAAGCAGUAACAUUUUCGGUGAAAUUUUGAUUAAUUUGCGAUUUUUACAAACACCGACACUGGGAGCCUUCGAAACAUCAACUUCAUAACGGUAAAAUAAUUAAACUUCGUUCGUUUCUAUGAACGUGGGGGAGUGAAAAUGGCACAUGGUAAUAUCACUUUUAUCCGUCUUUUGCGAUGUGAUUCAGCGGGAGCUCUAUAAAAAUGUACGUUUUUAAUUGAUAGAUUACUUCCUGAAAAUAGUAUUUUUACAUAGAAGCUGUGGGCAAUCAAAGAUAAACACAACGCCUAUUUGCGAAAUAGUUAUGACAGCGCAAGCUAUGUCGCUCGAAACUCGACCAUCUUCAUUACCUUUUUUCCAGGACAUUGCGUUUGCCCGGUCAAUUUUUGUUUUGAAAUACAAUACCGCGCCCCAAUAUUUCUAACCUACUACACUUUUUCUGAUUGGUUGUUUCUGUUGCAGUCGUUUUCUGCAGCGAUUUAUUCCGGGAACCCAUUUUAAAAUAUAUAGGGUAGAUAGGGCAAACAUAGUCCCACUAAGAACGAAAUGUCCUAAAUCACGUAGGAACCUUUUUGACCGAUGUACAUUGUAUGAAUAUGCUUUAACCCUUUGCGGUCGCAUUAAAUUUUGACAUGGGUACUGGUGGGAAUUAAUUUCCCUUGGAAUAGCAGUGGUACAUAUAAUGAAAGAUUAUUAUUUUUGUGAACUUUAACUAUGUAUUUACUGAUCAAUGUGUUUGAAUGUCAUAUUUUUAUAUGAAAAUUAAGUUUUUAUCCUUCGCGUGGAUUACGGUGAUCCACCAUUUUCUCGUUCAAACUUUUAUACUCCUCCCAUAUUCUUAUUGUAAUAAAUAUUUAAAUUUUGGUUUGCUUGGGUGCCGCCUCGUUAUUUUCUUUUCACUAUAUUCGUUGUGUCCGAGCUAUCGUAGCUCCCAAGGAUCGUGACUAUCCCCUUAUAAUUCCACGGUAAUCAUAUUAUUUAUUGAGUACCAUUAUCUAUUAUUCGAAGGAGCUCCGUAUUAAUUCGUGAACAGUUUCACUAGACAUUGAAGUUCGUUUAGAAAAUGUGUAAACUGAUACAUGAUUGAAUAAAGUAUAAGAUAAGUAUGAUUCGUUUGUGUGGUGGCUGAGAGUAUGUCUACGACCGCAAAGGGUUAAAAAAUAUUUAUAUGGAAAAUUGGAAAUGUGUUCCAUUUCCGUCAAUUGCAAGCACUACGGGGACUAGUGGCGUCGGAGGUUGCUUCUGGUGUCCGAAGUGAGUUGUGAGUUGUGGUUGUGGAUGACGCUUUCGAAAACCAGCCAACCAAUCUAUUUCGGCUAAUUGCUUUUGGCUAUUGGAAGGGUGAGAAAUAUAAUUUCUUUCGGCCAAAUCAUACGCCAGCCUCCGGAUUUCUCUCGACAUAACACCGUAGAACCGUUGUUUCAUAGCAAUAAUAUAAUCUACAAGCUCGUUCUAUUGCUCCGUCGUAAAAACAUUACCAAAUGAUCCGAACCGUUGGAGCUGCAAAGGAUCUACACAAGUAAACAACGUUUGAGUGUUUCUCGCGGGAUAUAAUGCACUGAGGCUGCGUGUCGCUAUGAUGUACCACUCUACACUGCUUCGAUGGCCGCGGUCUGUGAACAUAUUUUACGAUCGUAUGUUCUGUUAUAGUUCCGCACCAUGAUUCCACAUCUAGCUAUUUUCAACUACAAACAAACUUUGACAGCAAUAUUUACAGGUUAUAUUGAAAACUGGGGCCACCCUAAGGAACAUGCCCUUUUCUUGUGUCCUUCUUCUUCAAUGGCACUAACGUUCCUAGAGGAACUUCGCCGUCUCAACAUAGUAUUACUUGCGUCAUUUUUAUUAGUACUUAGUUGAGAUUUCUAUGCCAAAUAACACGCCUUGAAUGCAUUCUGAGUGGCAAGCCCUAGAAUACGCGUGAUCACAGUGCAAGUCGGAGGAAAUUUCUUUGACGAAAAAUUCCCCCGACCAGAACGGGAAUCGAACCCGAACACCCGGCAUGUUAGUUAUGACGCUAACCACUCGGCCACGGGAGCACACUUUCUUGUGUCCACAUACCACUAAAAUUUCCGUUCUUCGAAGAUUAUUGUAGCUCAACUUAUUGUAGUUCAAGAUAGAAAGCGGUUCUUAUUAUGAAAAUUGAAAAUAGUACAUUUUUUAUUAUUAAUAAAAGAAGUUGAAAAAUCGAAUUUUUUUUUGAAUGAGGCAGGAAAUGGUCACCUGUGGGGGGCAAAGUGAUCACUCGCACAUAUCAUGCUAGAAGGGAUAGAUUUAUGCGUGUUUUCUUGUCCAAAUUUGUUUAAACCAUUAUUGAAAUAGUAGAUACAUGCAGGGAUCCGCAUAGUCAUAAUCAACUGACUAUCUGACUGACUAUAUCCGUAUUCAGUUAGUAAUGACUUUUGGCUUCCUCGCACAGUUUCUCCGCCAAAACGACUCAGUCGGACCUUUAGUCGCUAUCUCUCUCUCUCUACCGACUCGACUAUAUCAUUUCAUUCUUCCCAGUCAAAUUGUCCUCAUUGCAUUUUGAAGUGACUUCCCCCAAAAAGAAUCGUUCCUCUCUUUCUCUCUCCCAUGUACGUGUGCAUGUAUCGAUGUUUGACAUACGCUACAGGUGAGCUAGAUUCUGUUAUAUCCUACAGGAAAAUUAUUCACACGUAUAAAAUAGCGUGCAGUGUGUGUGCACGCUAUUUACUAAUACUAACGCGAGGACCUUUAUAGCAUCUAUAUAUAUAAAAAUGGAUCUCUGUCUUUCUGUCUGUCUGUCUGUCUGAUUCUUAUGGACUCGGAAACUACUGAACCGAUCAACAUUAAAAUAACAAAUUACAAAUGAAACACAAAUUUCUGCAUUACUCGAGAAUCAAUCGAGCAAAUGAAACCAAAUUUGGCAUGUGGAGGUUUUAGGGUGCAAUAAAUGUUUUUACGGUGGUUAGAUAGUCCUCCCUCUUCUCUAAGGGGGGUCUGCCAUUCAAAUGAAACACAAAUUUCUGAAUUACUCGAGAAUUAAUCAAGGAAACGAAACCAAAUUUGGCAUGUGGAAGUUUUAGGAUGCAAUAAAUAGUUCUAUGGUGGUUAGACACUCCCCCGCUCUCUAAGGGUUGGCUGUCAUACAAAUGAAAUACAAAUUUCUGCAUUACUCGGGAACUAAUCAAGCAAAUUGAGCCACAUUUGGCAUGUGAAGGUUUUUCGGAGCACGAAACGUUUCUAUGGUGAAUACACUCAUCCCCCUCUCUAAGCGGGGCUGCCGUACAAACGAAACACAAACUUUUGCAUAACUCGAGAACUAAUCAAGCACGAUUUGGGAUGUGUGGGUUUUUGGGUAUGAGAAAUGUUUCUAUAAUGGUAUGACACCCCUCCCUCCUCUGAAAUGGAGAGGGGAUCCCAUAAAAAUAUUACACGUAUUUCAACCAAAAAUAUUCCAACCAAACAUGACAAUUGAAUAUUUUUGGAAAACUCUUAAAAAAAAUUCGGAAAAUUAAAUUUCCAUAUGUUCUACAAUUACAUAGUAACAAGUGCUGGAGAAACAUGUUAUUUGCAAGUGGUUGAGAAAUCUUGAACUAGAAUUGUGUCUGAAAAUAAUCUGAUAUUACAAUGCUGAGUUUUGUUAGAAAUGCUAGGAAAUUUAUAGUAAAAGGUAAAUUCAACAGGGUCGAAUAGAAGAUCAAUCAAUGAACUGUUCUGUGAUUGGACCCAUGAACUUGCUGAUAGUAAGAAAAUGUUUGAAGGUAUUGAUAACAAAACAAAUUUUGGGCGGGACGAAGUUUGUCGGGUCAGCUAGAUAAACGCCUAAGUUCGUUGGUUUGAGUUCACGAUGGGUAGACAAUAAACCGUCCAUUGAUGGGGUAACCUCUUUUUUGCAUCAGAAGUCAUGUUUUCGUUCCUCUUUAUAUGAACGUAAAAAUAAGAUCGCGUACGCAGGUAUAAAUUUCGUUCCAAGGGGAGUAGAAAUGUGGAUUGAAGUCAGUUGAAUGAAGGGGCAGAUUUGUAUUCAUUAGUCGAGUCAGUUAAAAUAACCACUGACUGGACUAGUUUACCAGUCAUCCUCGCUAGUCGACGCUAGUCAAUUCAUUCUCUAGUCAAGUCAUUUUUUGUUAUGGGCGACUGCCGAAUCAGUUCUAGUCGAAGCGAAGCUUCUGAGAGUCGGUCUUUACUUUUCACCUUCGAAGAUUUCGGGCCCUGGGUACAUGUAUGAAAUGAGCUAGGCCAAUAGUGAAUAACCUAGAAUCGUAAUUGAAAUUUUCUCAUAUGUACAAAAACGUAGUAGGAAACACAUAAUGUUUUUCAUAAUGAGGCUUGGUUUUUGUUGGGGUGGCAUAUUGUUCCUGGGUCAAAACUACAGAGGGAUCCCUCUAGGAGCAGAAGGUGAUAAGGUAUAUCAGCUUUUGAAUACAGAACAUUGUCAGUAGUAAUCCUACACUGACCACUUUACCCCCCAAACAACGAAAUGCGAAAUAUGCGAAAUUCAGCGAUUGAACAAAAUAUCUGUUCACCUCUCCUAGAGUGUGUGAAUAGUCGUCCAAACUGUUGAUGUGUCGAAAAUAUCAGGUCAAAUAAAUAAAAUUUCACUAGAAAUUUCUUAAAUUAGAAACGCAUAAAACUACAGCCGAAUGGCUACCGAGAGAGUGAUUUUUGUUUUUAUUCAUAUUUGGACAUGCGACAACUCCACUAAAGUACAGGGUGACUCAAAAGUCAUGCAAUUCGUCAAACAUAAGGUGACUAUCAAUAUGGUGUCAAUACUCAAUAGUUAUACUACCAAACAAGCAGGUGACCACUUUACACCACGUGACCACUUUGCCCCCACUACGCCUACCUGUUCAUACUGCCCCAAACAGGUAUGCUCAUUCUGCCCCGUACAAAUACGCUUAACCAUUUGCGGUCGUGUUAAAUUUGGGCAUGGGUAUCGUACUGGUCAGAAUUAUUUUUCAUUGAAAAAACAGUAAUAGGGAAGGUGGAGGUAAAACGGAUAUGUUAUGAAGAACUUCAAUUAUAUCUUUGGAAACUCAUGUUUCCCAAAACUUUAAUGCAGUUUCUUGCAAUUCAAAAUGCUGUUUUUCUAUGUAAUUGGCCAAAUAUUUUACAAAAAAGUGUUUUCAAUGUUUUAAUCAAAACUGAAACAGACCGAAAAGUGCAACAUUUUUUUGAUGCGUGUAUAAUGGACAUGUAGUGGGGGUAAUGUGGACAAGUUUAUAAUAUAUGAAGCGUAAAGGUUUAUCGAUCGCGAGAGGAAUAAUUUUAAAACCAAGGUCUGAACUAAUCACGAAUGUCCAUUAAAUAAUGAAAAAAUCAAACUAAUUCAACUUGAAGCGAUAUCGUGCUUUUCAGCAGUAUAAACGGACAGACCCUCAACUAUUUUGCUUUUGGUUCAGGUCAGCUUCUAAACAGUCCACAUUUGGCGAUUUCAUUUCCAUUUAUAGACGCAGGAGGAUUCCUUAGGAAUAGAUUAAACAGGCCUUUCACAGUUCAUCUCACUCUCACUGGCAACUGUCCGUUUUGCCCCACCAGUACAAUAAUUUCAAUAAAUUAAUUUUUUUUCACUUAAAAAUGAAUUUAUUUUCUCGUACUUAUCUGAUAUUGCUUCUAUGUUAACUCACAAACCGGAAUAUAAGCAUCAGCGAAAUGAAUGUUGAUAUUAAACCACUCAAAAUGCUUAAUAUCGUAGCAGCUAAAAUAACAUCCUCACUCGGAAUCAUGUAUGAUUUUCGGUUUUUGUUUACCUUUUUCACUUUUGAUCAGUAUUCAUUGCCAUAUGGUGGCUUAAAUAUUAUAGAAUAACAUGUAGAAGGUGUUCUCAUCAACAGAAAUCGGAAAUUCAAAAUGUAACUAUACAAAUCAAGCACCUGUCCAUAUUACUCCCACUGUCCGUUUUACCCGCAGUUUCCCUACAUGCAAGAUUAUGAAAAAUAUUUUUUUUAAAUGGUGGUCCUAAACCACCCCUAAUACACUCCUAACUAUAUAGAAAACUAGCUGAUCCGGCAAACGUUGUUUUGUCAUAUGAAUUAUUUCUAGAGCAUAGUUUGUAAAUAGUAAAAAUAACGAAUAUAGUUUAAGAGAGUUUGUAUGUUAUCGUUCAGAUCUGUCAUAUUUUAAUCCGUUCGCUUGUAUGGAAAUCUCUUAUAGUGCGCUGUAGCCUUUCUUGCGAUUACCACGCGGGCAAAACCGCUAGGUGUGUCAUUUUUGAACCUAGCAGUCACACCUAUCAUAACGUCUCAGACCACAACUAGGUUAACUACCUAUGUGACAAUGAACAUUGAUAAAUUACUCCAAUACCUUGCAUAGUGUUUCGAAUCACGUAUAAUCGUUUUAUGUGUAAACCAAUGUCUUUCGUUUGAAUAACAAUGUUCAAGCACACUGAACCGAAAACCACAAAUUAUUAUUUUAGUCACUACUAUUAGAAUGUUUCAAGGCACGUAUUGCUAGUCAUCAUGUGUGGCUUUAUUUUAGUAUCUCAUUUCAUUUCAUUCCAUUUACUAUUACCAACAGGCCUCAACAUGAGUGCCCCAAUGAUAAGUCUAAUUUAAUCUAAUCUAAUCUAAUUCUAAUAAGUAUGAUUUAUUGUCUAGGUACGCUAGAGAAAGAUCUCUUCAAAUGUGAACGAGAGUGAUUAAAAUCGAAGAAUGUGAAGCAACGGUUGAAAACGCGACACGUACUUGAGACGGGCUCGUUGUACCGUGAAGAUGGGAUAUUAAUUAGUAUGUGAAGAUGGGAUAUUAAGAAAAUUGUGAGUGCGCAGGUUUCUUGACCUAAUGUUAAAAUUUACUGAUUCGAGAAGAUUUGAACAUUCUAUGUUUGAUAGGAUUAGAUCAGAUAUGUACACUUCGUGAACACAGUGAUUCAAGCCCAACCAAGCUACAACAAUCUUCAUAACUUGGAAGGUUUAAAGGAUCAUUCUAAGGUACUAUUUCCUCUUGUGUUUACCAACAUGAUUAACAAAGUUGACAUCGUGAGCAACGUUCAAGGAGGAGGUUCAUCUGGGCAAGCUGGAGCGAUUCGUUGGGGAAUCUCCAUGGCGUUGCGCAGUUUUCUCGA